GUGAAGGAGUCAACUACUGCAGUUAAGCCUCACCAGAUACAAGUCUUUUAGCUAGCAAGCUAUUCAUUCUCAGCAUGGUAUUUUCAAAGCAGAUUAUCCCAGAUGACGUGAAAAUGGAAUAUGAAAUGAAGGGCUGGGUCAAUGGCUAUGAGUUUACCAUUGAAGGUGAAGGUAACGGAAAACCUUACGAGGGGAAACAGACGGCCAAUUUUAAAGUCAUCACAGGGGCACCACUUCCAUUCUCCUUUGACCUACUGUCCCCAGCGUUGCAAUAUGGAAAUAGAUGCUUCACUAAGUAUCCUGAGGGCAUGCCCGACUAUUUCAAACAAGCAUUUCCUGCUGGAAUGUCGUAUGAAAGGACAUUUACAUUUGAGGAUGGAGGAGUUGCUACAGCCAGUGGACACAUUAGUCUCGUAGGCAACUGCUUCAAGCACAAGUCUAUUUUUCAUGGGGUAAACUUUCCUGCAGACGGACCUGUCAUGAAAAAGGAGACAACUGGCUGGGACCCGUCCUUUGAGAAAAUGACUGUCUGUAAUGGCUCUCUGAAGGGUGACGUCACUAUGUUCCUCCUACUCAAAAAUGGAGGCUAUCACAGAUGCCACUUCAAUACAACUUACAAAACAAAGGAGCCGGUCUCAUUACCACCCAACCAUUGUGUGGAACAUCGUAUUGUGAGAACUGACCUUGACAGGGAGGGCAACCUUGUCAAGCUUGAGGAAGAUGCUGCGGCACAUGUUAACCCCUUGCAAGAUCAUGGAAACGUGCUAAAAAUCAGAGUUCCUGAAAAUACUUUAAAAGUAUUGUAACGCGAGUGAGAACAGAAGGAUAA